GCGGGGAUGAACACAGAAAGCUAGAAUGAUGUCAGGAAGAAUUACAGGGGAAGAAAGAGAUUCUGCAUGUUGUGAUAAUUUGACUUCUGAGGUGACAACUGAAUCUUCUGAUCGAAAGUCUGAUGCAAAUAGGACAAGAAAUGCUGGUCAAAGCAAAGGUCUCGUACAUCAGUGCACUUCAAACAAAAAAAUCAUUACAGCUGUUAUUCUGAUCAUUGUUUUGUUUAUCGUUAUAAUUGUAUUGGCUGUUAAAAAAACAGAAACAUAUCUGCCUUAUCCUUCCUCUGCAAGCCAAGGUGUUGCCUGCCCAGAUUCCUGGAUUGGAUACCUAGGGAAGUGUUUCUAUGUAUCAAAAGAAGAAAGGAAUUGGACUGUCAGUUUAAGCACCUGUUCCUCACUUAAUGCCUCCUUGGCUGUGAUUGAUUCUCAGAAGGAAUUGGAUUUUUGGGUAGAAAUUCUCAAUCCACUUCAUUAUUGGUUUGGUCUCUCAAGAGAGGUUAAUCAGACCUGGAAGUGGUCCAAUGGCACAGAGUCUAAAAUUCAGUUUCCAGUGCGAGGAGAAGGCUUCUGUGCCUAUGUAAAUGGAAAAGGGGCCAGUAGUACCGUAUGCUCCAUGGAGAAAUAUUUUCUCUGCAGCCAACCAGAAAGUUGUAGAACGGCUGGAUGAGACAAUCUCAUCAAACCAAGGUAGCGCCUGGCUUGACUAAUAUUCAUUGGAAAAAUAUAUGCGUAUGAUAGCCCUCAACUUACAAUCCUUCAUUUAGUGACAGUUCCGAGAAGCUGAGAGGACAGCUGACUGAAUGGGCCUAUUUUGUGCCAGCAGAAGACUCAUUUCCUCUACUGCAACUGAAGACGUAACUUGCAGAGCCCCUGGUGCAUGGUCAGCACCUGAAU